CGCGAUAGCGGCUCGCAGUCUUAGUAGCUUGUUGCUUAGUUACGGAAAGAAAUAUGCUGACGUUGUAAACAAGGUCACGGACGACGACAAUACCUGGCUUUUCCUUGGGCUAAAAAAUUCGUUUAAGUCCUGCUUCUUUAUUUGUUUCACAUGGUCUGUUACUAGUCGAAAUGCAAGAUAACAAUGCAGCCAGCAGUUAAGCAGUCAGCUUCCUCCCUCAGUAAUCGAGGUUUGGGAGUCCAAGAAAGUGAAAACAACAACAACAAUAGCUUACCACCGCAUCUCCGGCCUGCCCGAAGCGAACAUGGGGCGCUAAAACGUGAUGUGGAUGCGUGCAACGCCACACCUGAGGACGUUGGGAGGGGCAACGCCGUAGCAGCCGGAGCACCUAGCGGAAGCGUCAACAACUGCAAUGCUGCCCCAGCCCGUUAUAACGUGGUGUUGCGGAGUAGCCAACUGUCAUUGAGCGCGGCUCUCGUUCAACACGCGUUUCCAUCUUUGGGAAGCGCCACCCGUCAUGAUGUCCGUGUAUUCGGCAAGGACAGCGGCGGAGGUCUGCAUGCGUUUGGGGUCGUGUUGUCUCGCUACGAGGGUCCCCAGUAUCGCCUCAACCGCAUUGGCGAGCUAAGCAGAUGCCUGGGAGCGCGCACCGGCGACACCUUGUGGCUCUUUGUCCAUCCCAACGGCAAUGUCGUGCUGGAAAAGGCCAGCGGCAAUCGCAUCUCCGACCAACAGCAGCAGCACCAGCAUCCGCAACCCCAACAGCAGUUCUGUCAGGAUCAGGAAGAGGAGCAGCAGGAGGACAUCCACAGCGUCCAUGACAGCUCAGAGGAAUGGCCUUCAGACGAGCCCCUCAGCGACGACGGCUGCGCUAGCAGCCGCGACGGCAGCAGUGACUUUGAAUACCCCAGCACACAAGAUCCAAAGAAUGCAACCAGGCAGCAGCAGCAGCUGCAGCAGGAUGACGAACAAGGCUGCUCCGCUGACGUCACGGCCCCGACCGCAACCGCCGCAACCACCGCCGCUGCCGCCGGCCCUGCGUCAGACACUCGGUUCAAGCUCACGCUUCGGGCCUCCCAGAUCAAUCUGGGCAUGUCGGUUGUACGACAAGCCUUCGCAGCCCAGUACAAGGCCGCUCGGGAAGGCGGCAUCAAGCAGCAGCGGCUGCGUGUGCUGGUGAGGGCGGCGGUGGACGGGCGGCUGCAGCCGCAGGAAGUUGUGUUUGCGCAAUACAUCGGGAGGCGCAACCAGGCGAAGCUGCACCGCCUGAUCAGCAUCCGCGACGUGGUGCGGUGCCUGGGGUUGCGGCAGGACGGGGAGGUGGGGCUGACGCUGCGGG